AUGUUAGCAGUAAUUCUUUUAGCGUGCACAACGGUUCUAGCAGGAAUCGUCCCGAAAACGGCCUGCAAUCCAGAGAUACCCGGCUGUGCGACGUGCACAACGACUGGGAGCGAGCAGACCUGCACAAGCUGUGCGACGGGCGGAGAGAAGGUCAGGCCGGACAAGAAGGGCUGCAUCCCGCAGUGCCCUCCUGACGUGAGCACAGAGAGCGGUGAGUUCUGCGAGUGCAAGAGCACGCACCAGCCCUCGCCGGACGGGCAGACGUGUGUCCCGAAGACAGGGGCCUGCAAUCCAGAGAUACCCGGCUGUGCGACGUGCACAACGACUGGGAGCGAGCAGACCUGCACAAGCUGUGCGACGGGCGGAGAGAAGGUCAGGCCGGACAAGAAGGGCUGCAUCCCGCAGUGCCCUCCUGACGUGAGCACAGAGAGCGGUGAGUUCUGCGAGUGCAAGAGCACGCACCAGCCCUCGCCGGACGGGCAGACGUGUGUCCCGAAGACAGGGGCCUGCAAUCCAGAGAUACCCGGCUGUGCGACGUGCACAACGACUGGGAGCGAGCAGACCUGCACAAGCUGUGCGACGGGCGGAGAGAAGGUCAGGCCGGACAAGAAGGGCUGCAUCCCGCAGUGCCCUCCUGACGUGAGCACAGAGAGCGGUGAGUUCUGCGAGUGCAAGAGCACGCACCAGCCCUCGCCGGACGGGCAGACGUGUGUCCCGAAGACAGGGGCCUGCAAUCCAGAGAUACCCGGCUGUGCGACGUGCACAACGACUGGGAGCGAGCAGACCUGCACAAGCUGUGCGACGGGCGGAGAGAAGGUCAGGCCGGACAAGAAGGGCUGCAUCCCGCAGUGCCCUCCUGACGUGAGCACAGAGAGCGGUGAGUUCUGCGAGUGCAAGAGCACGCACCAGCCCUCGCCGGACGGGCAGACGUGUGUCCCGAAGACAGGGGCCUGCAAUCCAGAGAUACCCGGCUGUGCGACGUGCACAACGACUGGGAGCGAGCAGACCUGCACAAGCUGUGCGACGGGCGGAGAGAAGGUCAGGCCGGACAAGAAGGGCUGCAUCCCGCAGUGCCCUCCUGACGUGAGCACAGAGAGCGGUGAGUUCUGCGAGUGCAAGAGCACGCACCAGCCCUCGCCGGACGGGCAGACGUGUGUCCCGAAGACAGGGGCCUGCAAUCCAGAGAUACCCGGCUGUGCGACGUGCACAACGACUGGGAGCGAGCAGACCUGCACAAGCUGUGCGACGGGCGGAGAGAAGGUCAGGCCGGACAAGAAGGGCUGCAUCCCGCAGUGCCCUCCUGACGUGAGCACAGAGAGCGGUGAGUUCUGCGAGUGCAAGAGCACGCACCAGCCCUCGCCGGACGGGCAGACGUGUGUCCCGAAGACAGGGGCCUGCAAUCCAGAGAUACCCGGCUGUGCGACGUGCACAACGACUGGGAGCGAGCAGACCUGCACAAGCUGUGCGACGGGCGGAGAGAAGGUCAGGCCGGACAAGAAGGGCUGCAUCCCGCAGUGCCCUCCUGACGUGAGCACAGAGAGCGGUGAGUUCUGCGAGUGCAAGAGCACGCACCAGCCCUCGCCGGACGGGCAGACGUGUGUCCCGAAGACAGGGGCCUGCAAUCCAGAGAUACCCGGCUGUGCGACGUGCACAACGACUGGGAGCGAGCAGACCUGCACAAGCUGUGCGACGGGCGGAGAGAAGGUCAGGCCGGACAAGAAGGGCUGCAUCCCGCAGUGCCCUCCUGACGUGAGCACAGAGAGCGGUGAGUUCUGCGAGUGCAAGAGCACGCACCAGCCCUCGCCGGACGGGCAGACGUGUGUCCCGAAGACAGGGGCCUGCAAUCCAGAGAUACCCGGCUGUGCGACGUGCACAACGACUGGGAGCGAGCAGACCUGCACAAGCUGUGCGACGGGCGGAGAGAAGGUCAGGCCGGACAAGAAGGGCUGCAUCCCGCAGUGCCCUCCUGACGUGAGCACAGAGAGCGGUGAGUUCUGCGAGUGCAAGAGCACGCACCAGCCCUCGCCGGACGGGCAGACGUGUGUCCCGAAGACAGGGGCCUGCAAUCCAGAGAUACCCGGCUGUGCGACGUGCACAACGACUGGGAGCGAGCAGACCUGCACAAGCUGUGCGACGGGCGGAGAGAAGGUCAGGCCGGACAAGAAGGGCUGCAUCCCGCAGUGCCCUCCUGACGUGAGCACAGAGAGCGGUGAGUUCUGCGAGUGCAAGAGCACGCACCAGCCCUCGCCGGACGGGCAGACGUGUGUCCCGAAGACAGGGGCCUGCAAUCCAGAGAUACCCGGCUGUGCGACGUGCACAACGACUGGGAGCGAGCAGACCUGCACAAGCUGUGCGACGGGCGGAGAGAAGGUCAGGCCGGACAAGAAGGGCUGCAUCCCGCAGUGCCCUCCUGACGUGAGCACAGAGAGCGGUGAGUUCUGCGAGUGCAAGAGCACGCACCAGCCCUCGCCGGACGGGCAGACGUGUGUCCCGAAGACAGGGGCCUGCAAUCCAGAGAUACCCGGCUGUGCGACGUGCACAACGACUGGGAGCGAGCAGACCUGCACAAGCUGUGCGACGGGCGGAGAGAAGGUCAGGCCGGACAAGAAGGGCUGCAUCCCGCAGUGCCCUCCUGACGUGAGCACAGAGAGCGGUGAGUUCUGCGAGUGCAAGAGCACGCACCAGCCCUCGCCGGACGGGCAGACGUGUGUCCCGAAGACAGGGGCCUGCAAUCCAGAGAUACCCGGCUGUGCGACGUGCACAACGACUGGGAGCGAGCAGACCUGCACAAGCUGUGCGACGGGCGGAGAGAAGGUCAGGCCGGACAAGAAGGGCUGCAUCCCGCAGUGCCCUCCUGACGUGAGCACAGAGAGCGGUGAGUUCUGCGAGUGCAAGAGCACGCACCAGCCCUCGCCGGACGGGCAGACGUGUGUCCCGAAGACAGGGGCCUGCAAUCCAGAGAUACCCGGCUGUGCGACGUGCACAACGACUGGGAGCGAGCAGACCUGCACAAGCUGUGCGACGGGCGGAGAGAAGGUCAGGCCGGACAAGAAGGGCUGCAUCCCGCAGUGCCCUCCUGACGUGAGCACAGAGAGCGGUGAGUUCUGCGAGUGCAAGAGCACGCACCAGCCCUCGCCGGACGGGCAGACGUGUGUCCCGAAGACAGGGGCCUGCAAUCCAGAGAUACCCGGCUGUGCGACGUGCACAACGACUGGGAGCGAGCAGACCUGCACAAGCUGUGCGACGGGCGGAGAGAAGGUCAGGCCGGACAAGAAGGGCUGCAUCCCGCAGUGCCCUCCUGACGUGAGCACAGAGAGCGGUGAGUUCUGCGAGUGCAAGAGCACGCACCAGCCCUCGCCGGACGGGCAGACGUGUGUCCCGAAGACAGGGGCCUGCAAUCCAGAGAUACCCGGCUGUGCGACGUGCACAACGACUGGGAGCGAGCAGACCUGCACAAGCUGUGCGACGGGCGGAGAGAAGGUCAGGCCGGACAAGAAGGGCUGCAUCCCGCAGUGCCCUCCUGACGUGAGCACAGAGAGCGGUGAGUUCUGCGAGUGCAAGAGCACGCACCAGCCCUCGCCGGACGGGCAGACGUGUGUCCCGAAGACAGGGGCCUGCAAUCCAGAGAUACCCGGCUGUGCGACGUGCACAACGACUGGGAGCGAGCAGACCUGCACAAGCUGUGCGACGGGCGGAGAGAAGGUCAGGCCGGACAAGAAGGGCUGCAUCCCGCAGUGCCCUCCUGACGUGAGCACAGAGAGCGGUGAGUUCUGCGAGUGCAAGAGCACGCACCAGCCCUCGCCGGACGGGCAGACGUGUGUCCCGAAGACAGGGGCCUGCAAUCCAGAGAUACCCGGCUGUGCGACGUGCACAACGACUGGGAGCGAGCAGACCUGCACAAGCUGUGCGACGGGCGGAGAGAAGGUCAGGCCGGACAAGAAGGGCUGCAUCCCGCAGUGCCCUCCUGACGUGAGCACAGAGAGCGGUGAGUUCUGCGAGUGCAAGAGCACGCACCAGCCCUCGCCGGACGGGCAGACGUGUGUCCCGAAGACAGGGGCCUGCAAUCCAGAGAUACCCGGCUGUGCGACGUGCACAACGACUGGGAGCGAGCAGACCUGCACAAGCUGUGCGACGGGCGGAGAGAAGGUCAGGCCGGACAAGAAGGGCUGCAUCCCGCAGUGCCCUCCUGACGUGAGCACAGAGAGCGGUGAGUUCUGCGAGUGCAAGAGCACGCACCAGCCCUCGCCGGACGGGCAGACGUGUGUCCCGAAGACAGGGGCCUGCAAUCCAGAGAUACCCGGCUGUGCGACGUGCACAACGACUGGGAGCGAGCAGACCUGCACAAGCUGUGCGACGGGCGGAGAGAAGGUCAGGCCGGACAAGAAGGGCUGCAUCCCGCAGUGCCCUCCUGACGUGAGCACAGAGAGCGGUGAGUUCUGCGAGUGCAAGAGCACGCACCAGCCCUCGCCGGACGGGCAGACGUGUGUCCCGAAGACAGGGGCCUGCAAUCCAGAGAUACCCGGCUGUGCGACGUGCACAACGACUGGGAGCGAGCAGACCUGCACAAGCUGUGCGACGGGCGGAGAGAAGGUCAGGCCGGACAAGAAGGGCUGCAUCCCGCAGUGCCCUCCUGACGUGAGCACAGAGAGCGGUGAGUUCUGCGAGUGCAAGAGCACGCACCAGCCCUCGCCGGACGGGCAGACGUGUGUCCCGAAGACAGGGGCCUGCAAUCCAGAGAUACCCGGCUGUGCGACGUGCACAACGACUGGGAGCGAGCAGACCUGCACAAGCUGUGCGACGGGCGGAGAGAAGGUCAGGCCGGACAAGAAGGGCUGCAUCCCGCAGUGCCCUCCUGACGUGAGCACAGAGAGCGGUGAGUUCUGCGAGUGCAAGAGCACGCACCAGCCCUCGCCGGACGGGCAGACGUGUGUCCCGAAGACAGGGGCCUGCAAUCCAGAGAUACCCGGCUGUGCGACGUGCACAACGACUGGGAGCGAGCAGACCUGCACAAGCUGUGCGACGGGCGGAGAGAAGGUCAGGCCGGACAAGAAGGGCUGCAUCCCGCAGUGCCCUCCUGACGUGAGCACAGAGAGCGGUGAGUUCUGCGAGUGCAAGAGCACGCACCAGCCCUCGCCGGACGGGCAGACGUGUGUCCCGAAGACAGGGGCCUGCAAUCCAGAGAUACCCGGCUGUGCGACGUGCACAACGACUGGGAGCGAGCAGACCUGCACAAGCUGUGCGACGGGCGGAGAGAAGGUCAGGCCGGACAAGAAGGGCUGCAUCCCGCAGUGCCCUCCUGACGUGAGCACAGAGAGCGGUGAGUUCUGCGAGUGCAAGAGCACGCACCAGCCCUCGCCGGACGGGCAGACGUGUGUCCCGAAGACAGGGGCCUGCAAUCCAGAGAUACCCGGCUGUGCGACGUGCACAACGACUGGGAGCGAGCAGACCUGCACAAGCUGUGCGACGGGCGGAGAGAAGGUCAGGCCGGACAAGAAGGGCUGCAUCCCGCAGUGCCCUCCUGACGUGAGCACAGAGAGCGGUGAGUUCUGCGAGUGCAAGAGCACGCACCAGCCCUCGCCGGACGGGCAGACGUGUGUCCCGAAGACAGGGGCCUGCAAUCCAGAGAUACCCGGCUGUGCGACGUGCACAACGACUGGGAGCGAGCAGACCUGCACAAGCUGUGCGACGGGCGGAGAGAAGGUCAGGCCGGACAAGAAGGGCUGCAUCCCGCAGUGCCCUCCUGACGUGAGCACAGAGAGCGGUGAGUUCUGCGAGUGCAAGAGCACGCACCAGCCCUCGCCGGACGGGCAGACGUGUGUCCCUUCUAACACAAACAAGAGUAGCGGCCUUUCUACCGGCGCUAUUGCAGGCAUUGCUGUGGCCGCUGUCAUUGUCGUUGGGGGCCUCGUGGGAUUCUUGUGUUGGUGGUUCCUCUGCCGGGGCAAGGCGUAG